AUGGAAACCCUAAUUUGUUUAACCCUAACUAAUCUUUCCAAAACAAAACAGGGCUGCGUGGCGCGUAAUCUUCAGCAACACGCAAAGCGACUCAUCGCUCACAGUAGUAGGCCUCGAUUCUUCUGCACCUACAGAAACGGAACCCUAUCGUCUUCGGCGACGAACCAAACUCUACAGAGUCGGAUCGAAGCGGCUUUAGAUCAGAAAGCAGCAAUCACUACGGUGCUUGAGCAAUGGCGACAACAACAGGGGAAUCAGUUAAACCCUUUGUUGGUGAGAGGAGUCUACGAGAAGCUCCACGAAUCCAAAAGAUAUAGUCAAGCCCUAGAAGUAUCAAACUGGAUGGUCAAUAACAAGAUCUGCAAUCACCUCCCUGAAGAUUUGGCAGUUCGAUUUCAUCUAAUCGAGAACGUUUUGGGAUUGGAAGAAUCAGAGAAGUUCUUUAACAGUAUCCCCGAGAAUCUGAAAGGUGAAUCUAUCUACACUGCUCUGUUAAAGAGUUACGCAAAAUCUGGUGAGAAAUCUCUAAGUAAAGCUGAAUCUACUUUCGAGAAGAUGAGGAAGCUAGGUAUGCUCUUGAGACCUUCACCAUACAACUCGAUGGUCUCACUAUACAGCUCUCUCAGAAACCGAGUUAAGGUCGAUGAGAUUCUCAGAGAGAUGAAAGAGAACAACACUGAGAUAGAUAGUCCCACCGUGAACAACACCUUACGAGUAUACGCUGCUGUUUCUGAUGUUGCGACAAUGGAUAAGUUCCUAGCUGAUUGGAAUGAAACUACAACGCUUGAGUGGCUCACAACGCUUGACAUGGCAAAGGCUUAUCUGAGAGAUGGUUCAAAGGGAAAGGCAAGAGAUAUGCUUCGUAAAACAGAGGAACUGAAUGAUCCAAAGUCUUAUGAGGGACUCAUGAGGCUAUAUGGUGAAGCAGGAGAGAUUGAAGAUGUGUACCGUAUAUGGGACUUGUACAAGAAGACAAGAAACAAGAACAAUGAGGGAUUUCGAGCGUUGAUUGGUUCCCUCUUGAAGCUUGAUGACUACAAAGGAGCAGAGGAGAUAUACUACAAUGAGUGGGAGUGCUCGGGUCUUGAAUUUGAUCUCCGAGUACCAUCGACGUUGAUCUCUGGCUAUCGCGCAAAGGGCAUGGUGAAGAAGGCAGAUAACUUAUUGUACAAGACUAUGAAGAAUAAAAGAUUGGUUAAACCGAUUAAUCCAUUGAUUGAGGACUGGCUGAAAAACAAAAACCAAGUGAAGCCGUCCAACUUGAGAGACCUUAUCAAGAAUCUGUGUGACUCAAAUCAAUUAUCUAAAGCACUUGAGGUAUCAUCAUUGUUGUGUGAUAGAAAGAGUUUUAAUAUUUUUCCAGAAGAUUAUGUUACAAGGUUUCAUCUGUGUGAGAAAGUGUUGGGUUUGGAAGAAGGAGAGAAGUUUUUUGAAAGAAGCAUCCCGGGGAACAUGAAGGAUUACUCUGUGUACAACACUCUCUUAACCUCGUACACAAGAUCUGACAAAGGACUAGAAAAAGCGGAAGGCGUUUUCGAGAAGAUGAAAGAGCUAGGUUUCCUCUCAAAACUUUCCCCAUACAACUCGAUGAUAUCUCUCUAUAUUCAGCUUGGGAAACAAGGUAGGGCUAAGAAUCUUCUACUGGUGAUGAAGGAGAAGAACAUAGAGCACGACAGUGUCACGACGAACAACGUUUUGAGGAUGUACGCAGAUGAAGGUGACAUAGAGACAAUGGAAAAGUAUAGGAGAGAGUGGGUUAACGAUGAUGAGCAAACCAAGCUUGAAAUGAGGACGACUGGCGAGAUGGCAAAGGCUUACGAAAGAGCGGGGCUACUACUAAAGGCGAUGGAGAUAACUAGUAAAAGAGAAGUGCAGCGUAUAUGGAAUGAGUACAAGAAGAAGGCAAAGGAAGAGUUUGAAAGAGAUACGCUUCGCCCAUGGGUGAAGAGAGACGAGAUUAAGAAUGAAGAAUAUCGAAAUGUGAUUAGAACUCUGUUGAAGCUUGGCGAUGUACAAGGAGCAGAAGCGAUAUAUGAAGAAUGGGAACCACAAGGACCCGAGUUCGAUAAUGGAAUACCAUGUUUGCUAAUCUCUCGUUAUUACGAGGAGGAUGAUAAAGACAAGGCAAAGGAGGUAGAGUAUUCGAGUAGACAGAAGCGGAGGCGGAUGCAGUUUAAGCUAUUCAAGGAAGACUUGAUCGGUUGCGCGGUAGGGGUUGUCGUGUCUGUGCUCCUGUUCUCGGUUCCUCCGAUCGUAUUAUCGCUUUGUCUACAGAAUCCCGUCUACUUUUUUGUGUUGGCCAUCGUUCUGCUUGCUUUAUCGGGCUAUUGA